CGUGCCUUUGAAUCCGAACCCACCCGAAGGCUUCCACUAGGAUCCGAUGGGCAUGGCCCUUGCGAAUCCGGACUCCAUUUCCAGCCCCACCGCUGUCAAUUCCAACGCGCCGCCGCCGUCGUCGUAUUCCGAUGAUCCGACGAAGAAGGUCCGUAAACCCUACACCAUUACCAAGUCUCGCGAGAGCUGGACCGAGCCCGAGCACGACAAGUUCCUCGAAGCCCUCCAACUGUUUAAUUGCUGGUUUGCACCCCAAUGAUACUCUAUUACCUCAAGCGUGUGAUGGGGAAUGGCGCUUUGAUCGAGAUUGGAAGAAAAUUGAGGCAUUUAUUGGAUCGAAGACUGUAAUUCAGAUACGGAGUCAUGCUCAAAAGUAUUUUCUGAAGGUACAAAAGAGUGGAACUAAUGAACAUCUACCUCCACCACGGCCAAAGAGGAAAGCCGCUCAUCCUUAUCCUCAGAAAGCCCCAAAAAGUGCACCAACCGUCUCAUCACUGUCAAAUUCUUUUCAAACACCAUUAGCAUUUCCUGAUGCUGGACUCACACCGAAGCCUGAUUCUUCUUUGAUACCCAUAGUUCCUGUAACAAGUGCAGCGUUGCCAUCUUGGAAAGACUACUCUGCGCAAGCAGGCAGUUCAAGUGUGAAAAAAGAUAAUAUGUCAUCAGUAGGACAAGCUCAUGUCAAUACCUACUCUAGCAGUGGUAAUGAGGGUGCUCCUAGUGAAUUGACAGAUCAGGGAGCUAAUGGAUCUUCAAUGAAAGUGUUGCCUGACUUUGCUCAGGUAUACAACUUCAUAGGCAGUGUUUUUGACCCAAAUGUGACUGGUCACCUGCAGAAGCUAAAGAAAAUGGACCGCAUUGAUGUUGAAACAGUGUUGUUACUGAUGAGAAACCUCUCCAUCAAUCUAAGAAGGCCAGAGUUUGAGGAUCAUAGGAGGUUGCUUUCUUCAUAUGAAGAUGUGGUGAGUGAUGGGGGUGGAAACAAGGUAUUAUGUGAAAACAAAUCCCAGAAUGCUGCUCGAAUUUGGUAAAGCCACAAUUGGUCUAUGUUGCAUUCUGCCCCCCUUUGUAGUCAAAGAGGAAUUUUUUCAAGUUGCAAAUGGUUUAAGGGACAACCAAUUUAUGCAAGGGCCAUGAUUUUCUGGCGUGCAUAUACAGUUUUGCUAAAAUUGCAUCUGUGCAAUUAAAUGAUGAGUGUACAUUCUGUAAAAAAUAAAGAGAGAGAGAGAGAGAGAGUGUGUGUGUGUGUGUAUACUGCAGGCAUCUAAAAUGUAAAUCUGAUUUGUGUAAAAAGUUUGACAAUUACAUAAUCCAGCUUUUGCAAUGCUGCUUAUUUGUAAGCCUGUGUAAAUUAUUGAGGAUUUGAGGAGACAAUAAAAAGUUUUGAAAAAUAUUGGCUUCAA